AUGGACUGCCGCUCGCCCUCUCCGCCCCUUCACUUCCCGGACAUCCGCUCCACCCCUUCGCCCCUCCGCCGCCGCCUCCCGCGCCCGCUGCCCGAGCCUCCGCUCCGGCUCCCCAAGGUCGGCACCUGGACCUCCUCGCCCUCGUCGUCCCGCGCGUGCAGCACCUGCAGCGACGGGUCCGAGAGCGUGCUCGCCAUCAUCCACGAGAUCGAUGACGUCCUGCACUACACCAACAGCAUCUCGCGCCGCCGCCACCAGAAGCCUCCCCGCCUCUCGCCAACGCCCACCUACCACUACUACCCUCCUCCCCCCACCGUAUUCCCCCUGUCCCCGCCGCGGCAGCGCCGAGCGUCGACGGCCUCGUCCUCGUCGCUACGCUCCGCCUCGUCGUCGUCAACCUCUUCCUCUUCGUCGUCCUUCUCCCCACCGCACUCGCCGACGCGGACGCUCCGCCGCAAGUUCUCGCCCCGCAACGAGAGCCUGCGCGAGAUCCGCGCGCGCGACUCGGAAAUCUGCCUGCAGCGCGUGUACGAGCGCGAGGUGAUGAUGUAUCUCGACGGCAGCAUCUUCUCCGUGCGGCGGCCGCUCAUGGGGGAAUGCGGCGACGAUGACUACGGCGAUGACUACGACAGGUGGGGCAACCCGCCCUGA